AUGGGUGGAAGGCAUGAGACCCUGAAGUGCGUUUGCUCAGAGACCCUGCAGAUCCUGCCCAGUGCGUUCCGAGAGGUCGUCGACUGCGCCCUGUUGGAGCUCUGGCUCUCCCCACUCCUUCAUGCCUCACCAUUUCUGUCUCUCCUUAGGUAUAUGGUGCAGUGGCCAGGAGCACGCAUACUGCGUCGUCAAGAGCUGGAUGCCUUCCUGGCUCAGGCGCUGUCUCCCAAGCUCUAUGAGCCGGAUCAGCUACAGGAGCUCAAGAUUGAGAACCUAGACCCCCGAGGAAUUCAGCUGUCAGCUCUCUUCAUGAGUGGAGUAGACAUGGCACUGUUUGCAAAUGAUGCGUGUGGACAGCCAAUCCCCUGGGAACACUGCUGUCCCUGGAUGUAUUUUGAUGGGAAGCUCUUCCAAUCCAAACUCCUCAAAGCCAGCCGGGAGAAGACCCCACUCAUCGACCUCUGUGAUGGUCAGGCUGAGCAGGCUGCCAAGGUGGAGAAGAUGCGGCAGAGCGUCCUGGAGGGGCUCAACUUCUCGCGGCAGAGCCACCCACUUCCGUUCCCGCCGCCCCCCACCCUGCCCUUCUACCCGCCCUCCGUGUACCCACGCCACUUCGGGGCUGUCCCACCAUCCCAGGGCAGGGGCAGAGGCUUUGCAGGAGUCUGUGGCUUUGGAGGCCCCUAUGGGGAACCGGUAGCAACAGGCCCUUACCGUGCCUUCCGGGUGGCGGCAGCAUCGGGACACUGCGGAGCCUUCUCAGGCAGUGACAGCAGCAGGACUAGCAAGUCCCAGGGCGGAGUCCAACCUAUACCUUCUCAGGGAGGGAAGCUAGAAAUCGCUGGUACUGUGGUUGGCCAUUGGGCUGGGAGCAGGCGGGGCCGUGGGGCCCGAGGGCCUUUCCCCUUGCAGGUGGUUUCUGUUGGAGGACCAGCAAGAGGGUGA